CAAGAUGGCGCCCACCUUGGCCACCUUGUUGGCGCUUACCGGGACGUCGUGGACAGCUCCAGCGACGUUGUAUCAGCGCCUACAUGUACUGUACUCUCAUUCGAUUCGUGUCAUCACUGCGGCUACGGCGGGCUGCUGCAAUCGAGUUGCCGUUUAUAUGCCGCCGUUGGGUCCUGCUCGUCGAUCACAAUGCUUACGGCAUAGAAGUUGCCUACAGCGCUGUAGGCGCUGGCAUAACUACCCUUGCCUCGUUGACACAAUAUACAGUGCAUAGCCCACCACAUAUCAGCGACGCAAUGGCUCUGAACAACUUAUUAAUGCGGCUUGAUGAUCAAUCAUUACGUAGACGAUUAGAAAAGAAGAAGAAAACAAAGUGUUAUACAAUCAUGGAAGAUGCAGCAGGGCCAGGCCAC